CUCGGCAGGCUGGCUUAGUUCUCGCCGGGUCUGUGAUGGAUUGAAAGGAACGAGGCCUGAGGAAUUACAAUUUGUGUUUUACAUUUUAAAAACACCAUCCCUGUCUGGAUAGAUAGUGGUGGGGAUGCGGCAUCGAAAUGGGAAAUCUUUUCGGGAAAAAGAAAGUAACUCGGGUAACCGAGCACGACAGAGCUGUUCUGCAACUGAAGCAACAGAGAGAUAAACUGAGACAGUAUCAAAAGAAGAUCACUCUACAUAUGGAAAAAGAGAGACAGCUGGCCAAACAGUUGGUAAAAGAUGGAAAGAAAGAGAAAGCACUCCUGCUCCUGAAAAAGAAACGCUACCAGGACCAGUUGCUGGACAAGACAGAAAAUCAAAUAAGCAACUUGGAGCGGAUGGUCCAAGAUAUUGAAUUUGCACAAAUAGAGAUGAAAGUCAUUGAAGGACUGAAAGUUGGCAACGAUUGCCUGAAGAAAAUGCAUGAGGUGCUGUCUAUAGAAGAGGUAGAGAGGAUAAUGGAUGAAACACAUGAUUCCAUUGAGUAUCAGAAGCAAAUUGAUGAGAUUCUGUCAGGAUCUCUGACCCAGGAGGAUGAAGACGCUGUGCUCGCAGAGCUGGAGGCCAUUACUCAGGGAGAAGCUGACCUUGAACUUCCUGAGGUACCUGGAGAAGAACUGCCAGAUGUUCCAGAGCAAGAACCAGUGCGGGAGAAGGAACGGGUGAAGAAGGCAGAGCGAGAGAUGCAGGCAGUGUAAAUGCAGAUCCUCCUGCCAUCUGUCACAUCUGCCGUGUCUUUUCUAUAGCCGUUUCACUGGAGACCUCAAGGGCUCAUCCCAAACCAAGACACUGGGGCGAUCCGAAGACCUAAGUUGUUAAAGCCUACAAACAUGGCAUUUUUUUUAAAUUGUACAUACAAAACAUACUGUAUGCUGUUUAGUUUAUGAAGAUGAUUAUUAAUAGUGCCUGGUCUUUCUAAUCACCCUACAGUUUUGUCUUUCUUUCAAUUAAAUCGCGAAGGCUUGUUGUGGUUAGCCUGUCACUUUUUUAAUGCAUGCAUUGCUUUUACAAUGACCAGUGACAUUAUGCCCAAGCUUUAGUGUCUCGUACCUAGAUUCAGGUUUAAAUGUUGACGUUCAUAAAACAAAGCCUGUCAAGAAUAAGCCAAUAUAAAUACAGUUUCAGAAUAAAAACAAAUGCUUGACUUAUUGUUGAGAAGACAUGUCUUCAAGAGUAAAUACAGAUCUAACACAUGUAGUGUAGUCAAACCGGGCAUCACAAAUCUGCAAACCUGUGUGUAAUACAAAUUGGAAAUAAUGUUAAUACAUUGAAACCCUGUAAAGACUCCUUUGUGCGCAAUGCUCUUCGUUUGUCUAUUCCUCAAAAAAAUCAUCCAGUGCAGUUUCAAAUGAUAACAGUAUGAUUCAUAGAGACUUAGUUUUUUCUGAACUAUGUAUGUACAAAGGAUUUGAUGUUUGCGAGCAAAGCUAAUGACAUCUGCUUUGUAAACAGUGUUUUUCUGUCCAGUUUUGACUCACAGAAUUGGUUAUUCUUCAAGCUUAUCUUUUAUUACACUUAUCACUGUACUGCGUUUUUAUUCUUUAGUAAGACAAUUGGCUUAUGAUCGGGUGUCCUCUUUUCAUGUUGUUUAUCUGCACCAAUAAAUUUUAUUUUUAUCAUUUUUAA